CACACACACACACACACUUUGCAAGGUCUCCACAGGAAACCGUGAGCCAUAAUGCGAAGGCACCUCGGAGCAGACGGCCGCCUUCGCCUCAAACCAAGUGGGAUACGGUCGCGGGGCUUUGAUAGCGCGUUAAUUACUCAUGUGAUGUGAUACAGAUGUCUGGGGGCUUCAGCCGAAACUUUGCCUGACGCUUUCCGAGGGGGCCAGGCUGACAUUUUUUUUUAGAGAAGCGCGAGAAGUUGGGAGCGGCAUCAAAGCCCGGACUGCGUUCCGACAUGGGCACGGCGGUGGCGCAUAUGUUGGUGCUAACGUGCUGUGUGGCAGCCAGAGGAAUGUGCCAAGUGAACAAGGCGGCGGAGGACGGCCAACACGCCGGAUUGCUCCUCCUCUCCACCCCGCGGCCUCCCGGCCCGCGCAGAGCCUUCGUGCCCAGCACGGACGCCUGGGGGCCGGCCGCGCACAACCAGGGGCCCGGCUGGGGGAACGCCACGGUCAAAAGGAAGCCCCUGCCGCCGCCGCCCAUGUGCCGCGGGAUCACUUCCAUAAAGAGCUAUUUUAAGUACAUCAACACGGCCAUCUCCGUUGUGGUGUUUGUGGUGGGUCUGGUGGGCAACGCCACCCUGCUGAGGAUCAUAUACCAGCAGAAGUGCAUGAGGAACGGGCCCAACGCCCUCAUCGCCAGCCUGGCCCUGGGGGACCUCAUGUACAUCCUCAUUGACAUUCCCAUCAACGUCUACAAGCUUCUGGCGUCACGCUGGCCGUUUGACGACAGCACCGUGGGUUUGUGCCUCUGCAAGCUCUUUCCCUUCCUGCAAAAAGCCUCAGUGGGCAUCACCGUCCUCAACCUGUGUGCCCUCAGCGUGGACAGGUAUCGAGCAGUCGCAUCUUGGAGUCGAGUGCAGGGCGUCGGCAUUCCGCUCUUCACCGUCCUGGAAAUCGUCUCCAUCUGGCUUUUGUCGCUCAUCCUGGCCAUCCCGGAGGCCAUCGGCUUCGACAUGGUCAGCUUCAACUACAGGAACGAGAGCAUCCGCACCUGCAUGCUGUACCCGAAGUCAGACUUCAUGAUGUUCUACAGGGAAGCAAAGGACUGGUGGCUGUUUGGCUUCUACUUCUGCGUCCCGCUGACCUGCACCGCCGUCUUCUACACCUUGAUGACCUAUGAAAUGCUCAACCACAGGAACGGCAGCCUCCGCAUCGCCCUGACCGAGCACCUCAAACAGAGAAGGGAAGUGGCCAAGGCGGUCUUCUGCCUGGUCCUCAUAUUCGCCCUCUGCUGGUUCCCACUUCACCUCAGCAGGAUCCUGAAGAAGACGGUCUACGUCCAGAACGACGCGACGCGCUGCGAUCUGCUCAACUUCCUUUUGGUGCUGGACUACCUCAGCAUCAACCUGGCGACCGUCAACUCCUGCAUCAAUCCCAUCAUCCUCUACUUUGUCAGCAAAAAGUUCAAAAACUGCUUUAAGUCGUGCUUGUGUUGCUGGUGCUACUCGGACAGCCAGAUGAGCAGCAUCGGGCCCCUGAACGGCACCAGCAUCCAGUGCAAGAGCCCCGAACCCAACAACGUGGGCACCGACCGCAUCCUCAGGAAGGACAGCGACUGAGCGCGCACCAGAGGACUCUUUGCAACCGCUAUAACCACCUUAUUAUACGCUUUAAUAAUAGGAACAAGACCCAAGUGUUGGAAAGGAAGUGCACAAAAGGACAGCAAGAUGGGGAAGAAUGCCGAUAAAAAAACUGAAUUCUCGCCAUGUAAACGGCGGUGACUGCGGGGGGAAAAGCAAACAAGCGGCAGUCAAAGGGAAUGAUGGGAAACAGGAAACUAUAAAAUAGAUGCACUCCUUUAUUUGCGAUCUUUGUGCAGGAACAUUUUUUUCCCCUGAAUGUUCAAAUGUUGUCCAUCCAUCCAUUUUCUACCGCUUGUCCCUUUCGGGUUCACGGGAGGUGCAAAUCCGAGUUUUCACAAAACCGAGGGUCUAGUCCCAAAAUGUUGAUUUAAUAGAAUAGAACAGAAUGCCUUUUAUUGCCACUAUACACACGUGCAAUGAGAUUAAAAGCCACUCCAGUAUCAGUGCGACAAAUAUUAAAGUUAAAAAGUACCAAUGAUUGUCACACACACACACGAGGUGUGGCGAAAUUAUUCUCUGCAUUUGACCCGUCACCCUUGAUCACCCCCUGGGAGGUGAGGGGAGCAGUGGGCAGCAGCGGUGGCCACGCCCGGAAAUCAUUUUUGGUGAUUCAACCUCCAAUUCCAACCCUUGAUGCUGAGUGCCAAGCAGGGAGGUAAUGGCUCCCAUUUUUAUAGUCUUUGGUAUGACUGGGCCGGGGGUUUGAACUCACGACGGAGACUCUAACCACAAGGCCACUGAGAUGAGAUGUGCAAAACAUAGGAAGGAAAGAAAAGAAAAAUAGUGCAGAAGGAGGUAAGGUGCACAGUCCGGUCCUGAGAACGAAUGUUCUGAAUGUGUUGUUUAAAUAUUCUACAUAUAUACAGAAGCAUUCAGACUGAGGGUGGAAAGUUAAAAUUUGCACACGGAGAGGUGCUGAACUAUAAAAUCAGUGCCGAUGAGAGUUCACCGUAGCCAUUCAUGCUUAUUGAUGUCCAUCAACACCCGUCAAGUAUGUUCAUUCCUAAAUGUGAAAAGUAAAGCGGGUUUAUUUUUAACCCUCAGAGGACAUUCAACCUUAUUUAUCUUGAAAGCCAAACAGGACAUAUAAAUGUCCCUAAGUUUUCAAAGGCUGUCAAAAUAUUUUGGACUCUUAUUUUUUUUGCUCACAUUUCUCAAAAAAACUUUUUUCACUCUUCAUCAACACAAUUUAAGGAGGGAAAAACAAUUAGCGUUGUCAAUACAAUAUUGUCAUUUGUCAAAACAAAACAAUAGUAAUACACGCAAUACAAAACAUUUUGUGUGUCCAAAUUGGAGCAGAAACUACGCAAAGUUUACCCAGCAGACAUUCAGACAAGGUUGAGAACUUGUGGAUUUAGGUCCUGAUCUUGAGCAACGUUGGAACAACAUGCUUUUUGAUGACGUUUAAUCAGUGUUGAAGGUUGGUCAUUUUUCAACCAAUAUUUUACUACACAAAUACAACGUUGAAACAACAUGCUUUUAGACGUUUAUUCAAUGUCACUUUGUGACAUUAUCUUGACCAUUAAAAGUUGGUCAUUUUCCAAACCAGAAUUUUACUACACAAAUACAACGUUGAAACAACAUGCUUUUUGACGUUUAUUCUUUUUUU